AUGGCUUUCUUUGAGGUGGUGACAUCCAUCUUCUCUAUCUCCAUGCUUCUUUCUCUUAUGGGGAAGAAGAGGGCGACCUUCGAUGGAGCUAGGCCGAGCCGAGAGAGAAAAUUCAAGAAGAAGCUGGAUACCGCACCAGCAUCCACACUUGGAGAAGCAGAGGCUCUCAUGGAAUGGAAAGCCAGCAUCUUCUCACCACAAGCUCUCCAUUCAUGGUCACUUCCAUCUGCUAAUGCUAGUACCAACACAAUCUCUCCAUGCAAAUGGUAUGGGAUCUCCUGCAACGGCCUUGGAAGCAUAAUAGAGAUAAGCUUACCGAGUGCAGGCUUGCAAGGUAAGCUUGAUAACUUGAGCUUCUCGUCAUUUCCAAACCUCCUCCGUCUCAAUCUCAGUGACAACACACUCACUGGAACCAUCCCGGCUGAUAUUGGAAUUCUUUCCAAACUCGUCUCCCUCGAUAUCUCCAUGAAUAAUCUCUCUGGAGUUCUGCCUCCUUCAAUGGCUAACCUUUCUCACCUUUCAGAGCUUGACAUCUGGUCUAAUGAAAUAACUGGGCCUAUUCCUCCAUCUUUAAGUAACUUAACCAGGCUGACAAUCGUCUACCUCUAUAACAAUCAAAUUUCUGAUUCAAUUCCUGCACAAUUAGGAAAUCUCAAGAAUUUGGUUGAUUUGGAGUUGGGCAAUAACAAUCUGACAGGUCCAAUCCCUCCUGCUUUAGGGAAUCUCAAGAAUUUGGAUGGGUUGGCAUUGUACAAUAACAAUCUGACAGGUCAAAUCCCUCCUGCUUUAGACAACCUUCUAACAGGUUCUAUUCCUUCCACUUUUGGAAACUUGACCAAGCUUGAACACUUCAUUGCAUUAAACAACCAUUUAAAUGGCAAGAUCCCAAAAAGCUUCAGAAAUUGCUCUAGGUUAACUAGAGUUAGACUUGAAGGAAAUCAUCUCAUUGCAAAUGUAUCAAAAGCCUUUGGUGUAUACCCACAUCUCGAUUUCAUGGACGUCAGCAACAACAGGUUGUUUGGUGAACUCUCACCGAACUGGGGAGAAUGCAGAAACUUGAUGAUGCUACAAUUCUACGGGAACAUGAUCACUGGUAGAAUUCCUCGCGAGAUUGGGCGGUUGGCGCGGCUACGAGUGCUUGGUCUUUCUUCAAAUCGUCUGGUAGGAGAGAUUCCAAAGGAAUUGGGGAGGUUGACUUCAUUGUUCAACUUGAAUUUAAGUGAUAACCAGCUUUCGAAUAGGGUUCCUCAGGAAAUUGGGAGACUGUCCAAUUUGGAGAGUCUGGACCUAUCAAUGAACAACCUAGCUGGUCCAAUACCACCUCAGUUGGGGAACUGCUUCAAACUACGAUAUCUGAAAUUGAGUGAAAAUUAUUUGAAUGGAAGCAUUCCAUUUCAGAUAGGCAACCUGAUACACCUACAGGGUGCACUAGACCUUAGUCAUAAUUCACUCAAUGGAGAGAUAUCAUCACAAAUUGGGAACUUGCAUAUGCUGGAAAUGUUAAACCUCUCCCACAACAUGUUUUCUGGCUCAAUUCCAAAAUCUUUUGAAGGGAUGCUCAGCUUACAAUCCGUAGAUUUUUCAUACAAUGAUUUUUUAUAG